CGAAUUGUUUGUUUACCUGAUCAGCUGACCAGAGACUCGGACCUGAAUUCAAACUUCUGAAUAGUAUGGAUUUUAAGACGAGAAACAUCUAAAAUGAGCAUCACCCUGUUUGCCACACAUGGACGAGGCUUAGAUGCUUUUGCACAGGAGGAAAUCCAAGAAAAAAUUACCAAUGUGUAUGAUGUGAAAACUCUUGGAGAAGGCAAGAUUUCCUUCAGCAUUCCUUUAAAAUCCCAUGACUCUAAUGUGUGUUCAGAUGAAGAGGAUAAAGGAGAUGAUGAAGAAAUAUUAAUUGGUGCUGUGUCUCCUGUAUAUAAUCUUAAACUAGUGGAGAGGGUUUUUAUACUUUUGCACUGUGAAACAUUUGAUACAGGUGAAACCCAUACUGGAAGUGAAAAGGAAACAGAUCAUACGACAGAAAUAAAGAGGAAACCAACAGACAGUGAUGAGAGUAAUAAUCAACUUUUGAAAAAAUAUGAAAACAAACUUGCUGAUAUCAUAGACAAGGAGAAAUGGGCUAAAGUGGCAUGUCAAGUUCAAGCAUUACGGACGUUUCAGGAUCAACAUACAACCCGAGUCCACUGCCAAGACCCAAGUAACUGUCAUGGGUCUGUCAGGCGGAGAGCUGAGAAACAGAAAUUAUGGCUGAGGAGAUCUAGCGAAGAAAGCAGUUGUUCGAGGAAAAGAAUGAGGAGAGAGAGUGCCCUUGACCUUUCUGAGAUGAGGUCACCAGAAUCAGAUAUUGCAAGCAGCAGUGACCUGACUGUACGUCCCAUGAAGGAAAGAUUAACUGAAACUGGAAUACCAGAGGCCAGGGAAACGAACAGAGACAUAACAGACUUAGAUGAUUCAAAAGUGAACUAUGAUGACAGUCUGACAAGUGAUGCUAGUCAGAAUGAAAGGGAUAAUCAAGAAGUAACAAAUAGGGUGAUAUUAGAGAAGAAGAAAAUCGUAACUAAUAAUCCUAAGAGGACAAGUGGCGAAUCAUCGAAUCCAGAACCGCAGGUGAAGAACGAGAACAUUAAUCGUGCAGGUGGUUUUAGCGGCGUAGAAAAUGGCAUUUCAGGCAUUGCAUCCAUCCCUGAUGCUUGUAAACCAGACUUAGAUACUUACAGAGACACUAAGAAUAUCAUUCAUGAAAAUUCUGUAAAUUACCGUGUGUCAAGCAGGAUAUCUGGUCUGUGCAAAAAUGUUAUUACACAGCAGUUAUUGACUAAAAUGUUUGUAAAAACAGUUGAAGAAAAAAUGGAAUACUGGACAGUUGAGUGGAGAAAACCUUUGUUAGAUUUUUAUAUUAAUAUUACUAAUUCUCAUUUUAUUGUAGGGGUGUCAUUAUCCAGGGAGUCACUCUCUCUGCGCCCGUAUAUUCCACACAUCACCCUAAGGUCCACCGUGGCCUACCUCAUGGCCAGACUAGCGCAAGUACCCCAAGGAGGAGUGGCAUUGGAUCCCAUGUGCGGAGGAGGGACGAUUCUUCUGGAAAUGGCCAAGGGCUUUAAGGUUGGCUUGGUCAUUGGUGGAGACAUAAGCCAAGAGCAGCUUAAAGUAUCAAGAUGCAACUUGCAAGAUGUAGGAGUACCGUCCAGUCUUCUGCUUAUGGAUGCAGUAGCUAUGCCACUGGUGUCUCAGUCAGUCAGCGCUGUAGUGUGCGAUGUCCCCUUUGGCCAGAAACACCAGUUGAAAGACGAGGAUGAGUCAGCUAUUUUGCGAGGACUCCUACGUGAAUGCCAGAGAGUGUUGAAGGGCGGUGGGCGUCUUGUGUUACUGAUUUCAAGUAGACAGCGUGGCAUUCUCGGAAAGAUCCUGCCUGGUGUCACGUCAUCUCAGGAACAAGAAACUUUGCAACUGAAGCUUGAUGCUACUUAUCAGGUAUCUCUUGGGGAAACAUCUGCCCACAUUGCUUUGUUCCAGAUGCCGCCAUGUGAGUUGAAAGCAGAAAGUGUCACGUGAGAUUUACGUCUAAUCGUGUACCUUGUGAUGAAUAAUUAUGCAAUGUAAAAUGAUCAGACAAAAUUUAAUAUAAGAAAGAUGUAAUAGUUUCUGUGGUUGAUUCAUUAUUUCUAUAUUGUUUGUUAAAUAAAAUAGAUUAAAUAUACUUA